UCAUUUAAUCACCGAGUACUUCUGUUUCCCUUUUUCUUUUCAACAAGCCCGAGGUGUCACAACAUGUCAAGCUCGUACAUGCACGGUCACCACGCCUCGGUACUGAGAUCGCACAGCUGGAGAACAGUUGAGAAUUCCUGUCCGCAUCUUCUGCCAUAUCUGAACAAGUCGGACCUUCGAAUCUUGGAUGUGGGUUGUGGUCCUGGAACGAUUACUGCGGACCUUGCUGCGCGCGUACCCGACGGAUCUGUUCUGGGAAUAGAUCCUUCUAUCGAGGUCAUUGAAAAAGCUAGAAAGUAUGCCGAAGACCAAGGUGUCAAGAAUGUUCGAUUCGAAUUAGGGGAUAUAUUCAACUGGAAACAAGUGACUGGCAUCGAAAAAGAAAGUUUCGAUGUUGUUCAUGCACACCAAGUACUCCAGCAUCUUGAAGAUCCACUGAAAGCAAUGGGAAAGUUUAAAGAGUUAGUCAAAGUUGGCGGUGUGGUCGCAGUUCGAGAUGUAGACUACAGUGCGAUGAAUCACUAUCCAGAUCAUCCGGGCCUACAUAAAUGGAAAAAGACGUAUAUCGAGGUCGCCCAGGGUCUUGGAUUCGAUCCUAAUAUCGGGAAAAGAUUGCACGCGGUAGCGAUGGAAGCUGGCUUUCCACGGAGCGACAUCGAUGCAACAGUGGGAAAUUGGGUUUUCAGUACACCAGAUGAAAGGGAGUUCUGGUGUGGUCUUUGGGCUGAACGAACAUUGAAAAGCGAGUUCCGUGACAAGGUAAUCAAGGGAAACCAUGGAACGCAAGCGGACUUGGAAGAGCUCUCGCAGGCAUGGAAAGAGAUGGAGAAGAAGGACGACGGUUGGUUUCUGGUCAUUCACGGCGAAGUCAUCUGUCACAGGAGAGCUUGACGCUGCCAGCGUUUAUCUUGUUCAUCUUGGUGGUAGGGAGACCACCAUAAUCCCUCAACAUAUUGUUCCUGCCCGCUAUCAUUCAGCUCCAGCAGCUUGUCACGACAUCUUUCUUACGAUCGUAUACAAUGUAGGCCACACACCCACCCAGCCUUUGUAUCCAAUCAUUCCCAGCUUCAACCCCACCAGUGCGCGAGUCAUCUGAUGACCGCUUGCGCUAGCUCCCUUUGCCCUGCAUGGCCAGGCAGCUCUUGCUGUACUUUUAUGAACCCCACCACCCCGCUCCCAACGUCUUUCUCCCCUCGCACAAACCGAACGCAAACACAACACCACCAAAGGACAAAAACACAAGAACAGAUUCAGAACAAUCCAAGAUGCAAUCCUACGAAAUCCUCGUCGACAUGCACUCCUCCUGCCCCAAGUGCGGCGCCGGCAUCACCGAUGGCUCCAAGUCCUGCGGCUCGUGCGGCAGUACCUGCCCCAACUAAGCUUACUUUGAGUCGGACUGUCAGCAUAUCGGAGCAUGGUGUUUCU